AUGCAGGGCGACUUGAAAACCUGGUGGGCAUGCCUAUUGGUUCUCUUGGUUUGUUUACCCCCUGACCAGCUGGCUGCGAAGGCGUACAAGUUUACCAUUGACGAAACUGGGAGCAGCAGCUUAAGAUGCUUCAACACCAUCACCGACACUGCGGCACCGCUACAGCCGUUCACCGAUGUUCUAGACAUCGCGCUGAUCAUUGGAUCCCGAUCUGCAAGCUUGCUCGAUAUAGCAGCCUCCGUCGAAAAGCAAAUCAUUUGCAUCACAGCUCCAGGCUAUCGGUCCACUGGUUUUGCUGGGAUAGAGGGCGGCAACGGUGGAGGACAAGGUCAAAGGGGUGAAGGGAAGUUCGCCGCUGCUGGUGAAGGCGAUGGCUGA